AUGACAGACGCAGCGAAUUUGGCUGGAUGGGUGUUGAAGAACACUGACGAUGGGCAUGAAGCUAAAUUCAUCCAGAAAGUUGUUGAACAGAUUUCACUAGAGUUACGAUCCAUAAAUUUCAGGAGCGAUGAAAAUUUAGUAGGCAUGGAGACCCGAAUUAAUGGUGUUUUAUCAUCUUUAGGAACUGGUUUUGAUGAUGUUCGUGUUAUCGGGAUCAAAGGAAUGGGAGGUGGUGGGAAGACAACUUUAGCUAGAGCUGUUUUUGAUCAAAUAUCCUUUCAAUUCGAAGGUAAAAGCUUCGUUGAAAAAUUCAGGGAAGUAUCAAAAGCUUCUCCAUCCGUUUUGAAUUCGUUGCAAAACCAAAUCCUUUCUGAUGUCUUUAAUGAUAAAGGCAUGAGGGUAAGUAGUGUUCAUGAGGGGAUAGGCAUGAUGAAGAGGAGGAUGCCUAGUAAAAAGAUUCUUCUUGUUCUAGAUGAUGUGGAUCAUAAGGAGCAGCUUAAGGCAUUAGCGGGCGAGACAACUUGGUUUAAGCCGGGAAGUAUAAUCAUUAUUACAACAAGAGAUCGGCAAGUACUCGAAUCCUAUGAAGCAAAGUCGAUUCAUGAUGUCCAAUUGUUAUCGCAUGAGGAUGCAAUGUGCCUCUUCAGUAGGUAUGCAUUUGGGAAAGUGAUUCCAAAUCAAGGAUACAAAGAGCUAUCAAAACAAGUUGUGUGUUACGCUUCUGGUCUUCCCUUGGCCAUUGAAGUUUUGGGUUCAUUUCUUUGUGGUAAAGAUGAGGUUGAAUGGAUGGAUGCCCUUUUAAGACUAAAAACCAUUCCGUCUCAAGAAAUUUUGGAGAUAUUGGAGAUAAGCUACAUUGGUCUAGAGAAUGAUUACAAAGAAAUAUUCCUAAAUGUUGCAUGCUUAUUGAAAGGGUGGUCGAAAGCCAACGCAAUCAAAGCGCUUGAAAGUUGUGGAUUUCAUGCUAGAAAUGGUUUAAGAGUUCUUGAGCAAAAAUCUCUAAUAACUGUUAAUGAUGAUGGGUAUCUUGGUAUGCAUGACCAUAUUGAAGAAAUGGGGAGGAAUAUUGUUCGUCGUUUGCACCCGGAUAAGCCUAAGAAACAUAGUCGUUUGUGGAUUAACUCGGAAAUUGAAGAUAUAUUGGCUAAUAAAUUGGGUACUCAAGCAACAAGAUAUAUAAAAUUCUACAUGGAGAAAUUCAGUCCGGAUAUGGUGAUGAAGGGUCUUAGAAAGAUGAAGGAACUUACAUUUCUUCACGUGUCUCUGCAAUUUAUUGAUGCAAGCAAAAGUGAUUAUUCUCGUCAGAAUUGGAAGUCUAAAAAUUUUCCUAAUGCUUUGAGGUAUCUGUGUUGGAACGAUUACCCGUAUAGGUCUUUACCCAAAAAAUUUCAAGCAGAUAGUCUUGUUGCACUCGAGAUGGUUAAAAGCCAAAUUGUACAACUUUGGGGAGGGGGAGAAAGAAAGGCUCUUAACAAGCUCAAAUUCCUUGACCUCAGCUAUUCAAAGUUAAGGAACCUUGAUCUUGGGCUUACUCCAAAUAUCGAGAUGUUGAAUCUUAGAGGAUGUCGUGAGUUGGUGAAACUUCACAUGCUUGCUAGAUGCUCAAAACUCAUAAAUAUUGACCUCAGUUCAUCAAUGUUGAGGACCAUUGACCUUGGGCCGGCUCCCAAUCUUGAGAUUUUGAAUCUUAAAGGAUGUGAGGAGUUGGUAGAACUUCACAUGCUUCCUGGAUGUUUAAAGCUCAUAACCGUUGACCUCAGUUGGUCAAUGUUGAGGACCCUUGACCUUAGAUCGACUCCCAAUCUCGAGUUAUUAGAUCUUAAAGGAUGUUCAGAGUUGAUAGAACUUCACAUGCCCGAUAAAUCUCCAAAUCUUAGAUCCCUUGAACUCAGUUAUUCAAAGUUGAGGACCCUUGACAUUGGGCUAACUCCCAAACUGGAAUAUUUAGAAAUUACAUAUUGUUAUGAUUUAGAAGAACUUCACAUGGCCGAUGAAUGUCAAAAGCUCACAUCCCUCUCCAUUACUCGUUCAAAGUUUAGGAACCUUGACCUCGGGCUAACUCCAAGUCUCAAGACAUUAGAUCUUAAACAUUGUUAUGAUUUUGAAGAACUUCACAUGACUAGUGAAUGUCGAAAGCUCACAUUCCUCAACAUUAGUCAUUCAAAGUUGAGGAGCCUUGACCUCAAGCUUACUCCAAACCUCGAGACGUUAGAUCUUAAACAUUGUUAUGAUUUUGAAGAACUUCACAUGACUAGUGAAUGUCGAAAGCUCACAUUCCUCAACAUUAGUCAUUCAAAGUUGAGGAACCUUGACCUUAAGCUUACUCCAAACCUUGAGACGUUAGAUCUUAAAGAAUGUUCCAAUCUUGUAGAACUUCAAAUGGACGAUGAAUAUCUAAAAAACCUUGUCUACUUAGACUUAAGUGGUAGUUUGCGGUUUCUAGAGUUUAAGUUUGACAUUAAGAAUGAUACUUUAAGUGAGAACGAUUCUUAUUGUAGUAAGGGUGAUGCUUCUGGUAGUGAGGAUGAAUCACUUGAGGUUGGUCCUUUAGCUGAGUUACUCCUGAUUAUGUUGUCCGUAGAUGAAUGCCCAUUUCACCCCGACAAUAAUUUACCAAAGUUUCAGCUUAUAUGUUGUUAUAAAGAAGAUCAACGUUUAUUGACUAGCAACCUUGAGACGCUUAUUUCUGUAGGUCUGUGUGUUUGCACAAACCUUGAUACGUUUUCAAGAAGCAUUUGUGGGUUGCAACGUAUAAGAAAGCUUAAACUCCAAGGCGGUAUUCCAGAGGUCCCUAAGGAUCUUGACCAGCUAGAAUGUCUAGAGAAGCUAGAAUUUUCUUAUACAAACAUUAAACAUCUUCCCGAUAACAUUUGUAUGUUGAAACAUCUACAAUAUCUCAAAGUUUAUUCAUGUUCGUUUCUUGAGAAGUUACCUGAGAAUCUUGGCCAAUUAGAAUGUUUAAGGAAGCUAAGUUUGUCAUCUACAAAGAUUAAACAUCUUCCUGAUAGCAUUUGUAUACUGAAACAUCUUGAAUCUCUCGAACUUUGUGAUUGUUCGUUGCUUGAGAGGUUACCUGAAGAUAUUGGGCGAUUAGAAUGUUUAAAACAUCUCUCCCUCUGCUAUUGCAUUCAACUUUUGAACUUGCCUGAGGAACUUGUACGUUUAGAAUGUUUAAAAAUGUUAGAUUUAACACAUACAUUCAUAUGUCAUCUUCCACAAAGCAUCUUUUUGUUGAAAGGUCUGCGUAUUGUUGGGUCAAGAGAGCUUCUUCAGUCAUGUGAUUUAAGAUCCGAGAUACAGCCCUCAAUAUACGACGAGUUCUUUUAUAUGGAUGUGUGA